AGGGCCGGGAUGAGAUCAUAUCGUCAUCGGGUGGUAACGCGGGUCUGGCGACCGCCUGUUCCGCGCGUAUGUUAGGCCUCAAGUGUCGCGUAUUUCUACCCAAUUAUACCUCUGAAGUGAUGAAAGAGAAGUUCCGCAAAGAGGGCGCCGACACUGUCAUCGUCGGUGACGUCUGGAAUGAGACCAACGAUAUGGCGCUCAUCGCUGUCCGCGAGUCCCCUAAUUGUCUAUACGUCCACCCCUUCGACGACCCCAUCCUAUGGUCGGGUCACUCGACAAUGAUUGACGAGAUCGCGGAGGACUUGGAUGCCGUGCCCUCAAUGAUCAUCACCUGUUGCGGCGGCGGUGGCCUACUCUGCGGUAUCAUUGAGGGUAUGCGACGCCACGGGUGGACAUCCGUACCGGUGCUGGCGAUGGAGACGAGAGGCGCUGACUCUCUGAACGCGGCGGUCGUCGCGGCUAACGGAGGGACUGUCCGUCCCGUUCGCAUACCCGACAUCACAAGUAUAGCUAAAUCUCUCGGUUCGCUCAUUAUAUGC